AUGCUCUCGACCACGUCGUAUUGUCCUCCCCGGACGGCAAUCGAUGCAACAGAAAGUCUGGAGAGACACGGCAGCCCCAGACAUCGGCAGCGGGAGGUCAUGAGGGGAGAAGAGGCAGAAGGGCGAAGGGCCCUAGACGUGAAAGAAGCGACGAACCGUUGUCAAAUCCUGGUCGACUUGAAGCCCUCCCCUGUGGUUCCCGCCGUCCCUCUCCACGUUUUGUGCAGUCCGUUCCUCCAACAUCUCGUCUUCCACGACUUAUUUUUUUCAACAUUCUCGCCACCCGUCAUCUAUGCCGCUCUCAGCGAUCCCUCCUUCUCCCUCGUCACCCUCUGUGCCUCUUUCCCUUCCACCUCGUCACGAACCGUCCGCGGCCGCGAACCACGCAUUCGGAAAGAAAAGAAUGCACAUGGGAAAGAGGCGCAGAAAGGGAGAGUUUCGUUGCUCCCGUGA